GUGUUGGAGUAGGACUGUUUGCACGCGCUGCACAGCACAGCUAAGAGAGCGCAACAGAGACAGAGGGAGCUGGGCUUCACAGUCAACGGGAGGACUGCAAUCGCAUGAGAGGGAAAAAAGUGGGAUGGUCCGAUUCUGCCACAGGACAGCCCAUGGUUGCAUGUUCCAUCUCUUAUUUUCUCUCUCUCUUUUUACUGCCUCUGGAUUGCGGGAUGCAUUGGUUUUGGGAUGUUAAAUGACCCCUUGUUUCGCUGCCAAUGACAUUCAACAAUUCCUUCCUCACACACAUCCGCUGUGGCGCACUGGGAGUACAGCGCGCUUAUACUUCUGGAUUUCACUGGGUCUUUGGGACGUCUUCAAACAGGAGAAAAGCCCACUGGAGCCAGGAGACCAAACUGUUUCGGGAGCAGAGCUGAAUUUCAUUACCAGGCGAUUAGUUAGGGCUACUGAAGCCAGAGGGGUUUGUUUGACAGUUGUGUGCAGACACACUCUCUCCUUCCUUCUUACUGCACGGGUAAACACUGAGAAGAAGAAAGAUUUGGAGCAGCAUGAGAGCGGCUGUGCAGAGACCGGAGCGAGCGACAGCCUGAUGUGGGGAUAGCGGGGAUAGUGGACCCAGGACUGCUGCUCUCGCCCUGCCUCCCUCAAGGGCUUCGUCCCAGCAUAAAUCAGUCGACAGCGUCUCUUCCGCCAGCAGCGACACCCCCCACUAGCCAGCCCCCCCAGCUCCUCAGGGAAGACCGCUGGCUAAUAGGGCUCUUAUUUUCCCUCACAGGCCAACGACCUUCAAGUGAAACACUGAGCCAAUCACCCAAAAACGCAGACGACAAUAACACGCGCCCAAGUACUUUUGCACGCAAACCAACUUGUUCUCACAAACACACACACACACACCACUGAAGGCGAAAUAUAAAAGUAUUAGCUGAGCCUUCAUGGGCUUCAGCGGCAGUGGAAUGCUGGCUCAAAGGGAUGGAUGUUGUUGUGUUUUCUAGUGGAUGUUAGUGGACUAGCCACAGCUCCCCUGACCUCUGAGGUGACCUGUAAGGAUGGUUGGAGGUGACCUCCGGGAAGCUUAAAGGUCAUCUACAACAACGAGACCCCCAGAGAGAGAGAGAGAGAGAGAGAGGGAGGAAAAGAGAUGCCCAUCCCUCAGACUCACUGAACCCACCGGCUUAGUGACCGGCCAGUCCGGUGUCAACGCCGGCCUGCCAUAGAGAAUCAAUGAGGAUUUAAUUGUCGUGCACUGUGAUAAAAAUCCAAAUGACCACCGGAGUAGCUGCUGGCGGAACCUUCGGCUAAGAAUCUGGGAUACGGCGCUGUGCUGUCUUUUGAUAAUGGUGCUACCACAGGAGGAUUAAUUGUUUAUUGAGGGGCUGAAGUAAACACCAUAAAGCAUCGGUGUUUGCACUGAACAGCGAAUGGGUCUAUCUGGCUGAGGACCACAGUCAAUAUCUCCCCGUAACCGCCUAAUGCUUUAUGGGGGAAGAGAAUCUGACCUUUGCUGUUUUGUGUAUUUUCUGAAAGCCCUGUUAUUGGGGGAAUUACAAAUAUCAUAAACAGUGGACAGACUGGGUAGUGCCCGGUCAAGGUGCUUAUCUGCUUUUACUUUCCUCAUCAUCUAUUUCAAUCAAAAAGAAGGAGAGAAUGUGAGAAAAAGAGAAAAAAAAAGAAGAAAAGUGCUCUUGGAAUAGGAGCCUACUGAUGUUUUCUAUUGAGUGAAGAGUGACCAGAUGCUGGUUUCAUUGCGAACAGGUGUACCACUGAGCGGAGUACAGGUGGUGUGUCGUUCCCCUGAAGAGGCCAUGCUGGAAUUGGAUAACCCAGCUGGAUCCUGUCAAGACGUCUGUGGCCCACACACCAAGCCCUGGGGUGUAGACUGAGCCCAGGGGAAGGGAUAAUGCAUAUUCCUCCUGUGCUGGAAGAAGCCAUCAUGAGCAACGUCACUGUGCACGACAACACUGAGUCCAUUGUCAGUCCCAACAUGAACCUGGCCGCGAGCGCCAGCUACCCCGUCAGCUUCCAGGUGUCGCUGACGGGCUUCCUGAUGCUGGAGAUCGUGCUGGGUCUGAGCAGCAACCUGACCGUGCUGGCCCUCUACUGCAUGAAGUCCAACCUGGUCAACUCUGUCAGCAACAUUGUCACCAUGAACCUGCACGUGCUGGACGUCAUCGUGUGCCUGUGCUGCAUCCCACUGACCAUCGCCGUGGUGCUGCUCUCGCUGGAGGGGGACGUGGAGCUGGUGGGCUGCUUCCACGAGGCCUGCGUCUCCUUCGCCAGCGUGGCCACGGCCGCCAACGUGCUGGCCAUCACGCUGGACCGCUACGACAUCUCUGUCAAGCCGGCCAACCGCGUGCUGACCAUGGGCCGCGCCGUGGCGCUGCUUGGGGCCAUCUGGGUGCUGUCCUUCCUCAGCUUCCUGGUGCCCUUUCUGGAGGUGGGCUUCUUCGGGCCCGAGCCGCAGCCAGAUCGGAACCAGACGGCAGCCACGUCGACGACAGUGGACACGAGUGACCAGGACUACGCGACACUGGGCCUGUACUACCACCUGUUGGCCCAGAUCCCCAUCUUCAUCUUCACGGCCGUGGUGAUGCUGGUGACCUACUACAAGAUCCUGCAGGCGCUCAACAUCCGCAUUGGCACACGCUUCCACAACUCGCAGAAGAAGAAGAAGUCGCGGCGGAAAAAGAACAUCUCACUGAUGGCCACGUCCCAGCAGACGGCGCAGACGCAGCAGCCCGAGCCCACCGACGCCUCGCAGAGCAGCGGCUACCGCAUGCCUGCGCUGGGCAUGCGCACGUCGGUGUCGGUCAUCAUCGCGCUGCGGCGUGCCGUGAAGCGGCACCGAGAGCGACGGGAGCGACAGCGGCGUGUCUUCCGCAUGUCGCUGCUCAUCAUCUCCACCUUCCUGCUGUGCUGGACGCCCAUCACGGUGCUCAACGCGAUCAUCCUCAGCUCCGGGCUCAGCCAGCUGACCCUCAAGCUGCGGCUGGGCUUCCUGGUCAUGGCCUACGGCACCACUAUCUUCCACCCGCUGCUCUAUGCCUUCACCAGGCAGAAGUUCCAGAAGGUGCUCAAGAGCAAGAUGAAGAAGCGCGUGGUGUCCAUCAUCGAGUCAGAUCCGCUGCCCAACAACGCAGUCAUCCGCAACUCGUGGAUCGACCCCAAGAAGAAUAAAAAAGUGACGUUUGAGGACCACGAGGCCAGGCAGAAAUGCUUGUCCUCAGAGGACAUGGAUUGAGUGCAGAGACGGACAUUACACACACUCUCUGCUUUCAAAAACUGACCGACACUAACAGUGUUCUCAUCAGGAAACAUUCACAAAAGGGAAGACAUUUAUCUAAAAGGUGUCAUGCAAAUACGUGUGUAUCAAAAGUGUAAAAGAGAAAUAGACAGAUAAUUUAUUACUAUUUAUUCUGACUUUAUGACAGAGUAUGGUAGACUUCAUAGAGUCGUUCUAUAAUUUAUGCUGUAUAUAAUGCAUGGCUUUUUGUAACUGUAGACAUCUAC